UAUUCAGGCGCCCACAACGAGAUGGCGACCCACCCCGGCUACUAUGGUGACCUGGUGGAGACGGCCAUGGGGCUGGUCUCCAUGGCGACGGAGGAGAUAGAGCGGGACCUUCACCGCUCGAUGCCCGAGCACCGUGCGUUUCAGAACGCCACGGGCAUCGCCGCGCUGCGCCGCGUGCUCACUGCCUACGCCCACCGCAACCCAGGCAUCGGCUACUGCCAGCAUCACUACUACAACACCAGGGUCGUAGGGGCCCUGGUGGACCAGGGUGUGUUCGAGGACCUGACCCGGGGGUUCCUGCCCCUGCUGUACGACCACAUGCAGCAGCUGGGGGUGAUCUCCACCAUCAGCCUGUCCUGGUUCCUGACCCUGUUCCUGUCCGUCAUGCCCUUCGACAGCGCCGUCCUAUUGGUCGACUGCUUCUUCUACGAAGGCAUCAAGGUCAUCUUCCAGGUAGCUCUGGAGGUUCUCCAUGACAACAUGGACUCUCUGCUCUCCUGCAGUGACGAAGGAGAAGCCAUGACCAUCCUGGGCAGGUACCUGGAUAACGUUGUCAACAAACAGACUGUAGCUCCGCCAACCCCUCACCUCCAUGCCCUGCUGACCAGCGGAGACACGCCUCCCCCAGAGAUAGACGUCUUCGACCUCAUCAAGUCCUCCUACGAGAGGUUUGGCAGCCUGCGCUCUGAUGUCAUCGAGCAGAUGAGGUUCAAGCAGAGGUUAAAGGUCAUCCAGUCUCUGGAGGACACGGCCAAGAGGAGCGUGGUCAGAGCGAUGAUGACAGAGUCAGCUUUCAGUAUUGAGGAGCUGGAGGAGCUGUACUGUCUCUUUAAGGGUGUGGUUACGAUGCGUUACAGGUGUGGUUAUGAUGCGUUAUGA